AUGGAUACACCACAAACACCCCAAGUUCGGGUCCCUGGCGAAACCCCUGAAUCAACCCAAAAGCCCAAUGCGACUGCCACUGCGAACCACAAUUCUGAGGUAGAGAUGGGAGGAACACAGGGCACAAGCCAACCGGACCCCGAACCUGCGCAAGAAGAUUCAAUACUUCCAGAUGUGCAGGCAGAGUUAGAGGCCGCUCCGACAAAGAAAAUCUCGGGCUUCAACUUCCUUGACUUCCUGACUUCACCUAUCGUGGAGAUAAUAGUUGGGAAAGGCGAUGAUGAGACCGUUAUGACAGCUCAUCAAUCCCUCCUAAUGGAGGCACCACUACUAGCCGAGUUUGUUACGAAAUUUGAAGCGGCAGGCCCGCGACGUAUUGGUCUACCAGAAGAGGACGUCGAUGCCUUCAGUUGCUUCCUCCAGUUCCAGUAUACGCGGGAUUACACCGUGGUUCAAACCGAAACACCUGGGGAAAUAGCUGAUGACAAAAGCGGUGACGAGUUGCUACGUCAUGCGCGCGUCUACACCCUGGCAGAGAAGCUGGGCCUGCCACCGCUCCAGCGCAUUGCCCAUGCCAAGAUUCAUAAGGUCCGGAGCUCACCUAGCGCGGAGCUUUCAUAUGCCCGUUACGUGUACACACACACACCAGCAGCAGACACUAUCAUUCGGAAGCCCGUGGCAACUUACUGGGCGAAUCAAAGUCAUGUGCUGCGCCAGGAGGUUGGGGAUGACUUUAAGAGGCUGUGCAUUGAAGUGCCGGAGUUUUCCUUUGAUGUUUUGACUAUCAUUCUGGAUCGCAAGCUGAAGAACGGGUCGGGGGAUGAGAGCAAGGGAAGUGCGCGCAAGCGUAGAAGGGACAUCUAG